AAAUAACACACCCCAAAACGCCCAUUUCCUUUCAAUUUUCAUUUUCAACUGCUUAGCGCGCUUCUUAACUACCUUUUUUCUCGCGCUCUCUCUCUCUCUCUCUCUCAGAAUUCUAACGUUGGAGUUGGUUAUUUUUGUGCCUUAAAAUAUGUUGUUUUGUUGAAAAUCUUGUAAAGAUUGCACAUUUAGGAGCUUUGAUUAGAUAAUGUGAAUUGUGCUAUCGGUGGUGACAUAUACUGUCUCAUGUGUUUGGACUGGCUUUAUUAGAUAUCAAGUGCAAAAGAGGAGCAACGGGUUGAUUCUUAUGGUUGCGCUGGUAUUGCAAGGGGAUGUGAUAUUGAUUCUCCAUGUAUGGAGCAUGCUGAAAAGAAGAAGAUGAAUAAAAUGAAGACUGUGUCAGCCAAGAGGGAGAUUGAUAGUCCGUCAUCAAAAAGUGAUGAAUUUCCAAAGCAAGAUGUCUCCUUGACAUCUGAAGGUUCCGUUUGUACAACUGAAGCUUUAUUUGAUUACAGCAGUAAGGAUACAAUCUGUUUUAAGGGUUUAGAUCUGGGCAAAAAGGGUACUGAAGGAGCAGGCAGCAACCAUAUUACCAGGAAUUUAGAGGAAGCUUGUAAGACCAUGGACAUUAAAUCUUACUGCAAAGUUUGUGGCAGUCGAAGUACCAAAUAUGGCUGCCAGUGUUUUAAUGUCGACAAUGUUGAUGUUAUGGUAAAAUCUGAUGUUGCAAACAAUGGCUAUCACCAACAAAUCUGGAGGGCAAAGAAAAAUAGUCCAUUGAACUGGCAGAAGAGGCAGAGAAUUUUCAGGGAGGGUAAGUUGCAUUGGGAAAGUAGAUUGGAUUGUGCAAACAUGAAGGAGCAUAUGAGCUUGCGAGAGAGAAAUUUCUGUUCACGACAAAACUCAUUUGCUGAUAAAGGGUUGCUACCCACACCCAUGGUUUCUUCUGCUGGGCACAGCAAUGCUGCCUGUGUAAGCAACAGGAUGGCAAAUGCAGAGAGAAAAAUGCACAGGGGAUUCAAUAGUGAAGUAUUUUUUCAAAAUGACUGGGUCCCUAAGCAUAGGUUGAAUGGGAAUCAUUCUCAAUACUUUUCACAGUCAAAUCAAGCCCAGGAAAUUGAGUGUAACAAAUCAAGAUUGCUUUCUCAUUGUACAUUUGAGUAUGAUAGAAACCACAGUAGAGGAAUAGGAUGUGGAGGUUAUGGCCAAACUUUCUCUAGGCCUAUUUUCACUCAUGGUUCAUGCUGCUUAAAUCCAUCUUCAGCUGCUUCUGCUCAUAUACAUCAAAGAUUUACUAGGUUUAUUCCUAGGAUGAAACAUGUGACAGAGAGGUGUUCCGAUACUUCUGUAGAUGGUAAACUCCAUUCGAGAUUGAUAUAUUACAAUCAAUACAGAGAAAGGCAUUUUAUUCCUCGUGGAGCAAAAGCAAUGUGGGUUCCUGUUUGUACCAAGGAUUCAGUGAUGCCAGAGAAAACUUAUCCUGCUAGUGUUUGUGAUUCUUAUGAUAUCCUGCAAUUUUCAUGCAAUGAGCUGCCUGAUAGCCAUUCAAAGGGAGAUGUGGUUCCUUCAUGUGUUUCUUCUUCUUUAAAUGAUUCUAAAAGCUCAAGCUUGACAUCCAGUCACAGAAAAACCUCUGUUGAAGGGGAAGCCCCAAAAUCUGAAGAGUUUUCUGCAGAAGCUCAGAAAGUUGAAAGUGCUAUGGAAGAUAUGGCAUGCACUGAAAAAUCCAGAGGUGUCUCUCAGUUCAUUGGGUCACAAGUGAGAAAUGAAGAAUCAAAUGCUGCUCAAAAACUGCAACUAGAAUAUCAGAGUACAUUGGGCCAUCCAAUAGCAGAGUUUGAAAGAUUCCUUCACUCUGCUGCUCCUGUUAUCACUUCCCCUUGUAUAUAUAAAAAUGAGCUGUCAAAUAGUUCUCUUCAUUCGACACAGAUACCAAUUACAUCACUUCAGGCUGUUUGGAAGUGGUAUGAGAUGCCUGGGAAUUAUGGGUUAGAAGUCAAGGCAAGAGAUUCUCAAAGUAUAAAUGGUUUGCUUGCUGGAUCGACAUCAUUCUGCGCAUAUUUUGUUCCUUUCCUUUCAGCUGUUCAAUUAUAUGGUUACCCACAUCUCUCAGAUGCUUGUCCAGAGGAUCUGCACACAAACCCUGAACUCAUUUUCGAAUUUUUUGAAUCUGAGAUGCCACAUGUUCGAAAGCCUCUUCAUUUAAAAAUCAGGGAUCUCAUCAGUAUCGGAACUUCUAAUCUUCAAGUGUUUGGUGAUCCAUCAAAGCUAGAAUCUAUGAACCUGCAUGAUCUACACCCUGCUACUUGGUUUUCAGUUGCAUGGUACCCUAUAUAUCGAAUUCCAGAGGGAAAGUUCAGUGCUUCAUUCCUGACUUACCAUUUAUUAGGUCAAUCAGUUGUGCAAAGCAUUCCAAUUGAUUCACUCAGUAAGAUGUUUCAGAUUGUCUUCCCAGUGAUAGGAUUACAAAACUACAAUACACAGGGCGAAUGCUGGUUUGAUCUCAGAACACCUGAUGAACCUUCUUCAAGAAAAACCAUCAGAGCUAGAACUGCUGCAAUUCUCUGUGAAAGACGCAGAACACUGGAGGAAAAUGCCUCACUUCUCUCUAGAGGAACAGUUACCAAGGAUAAAGCCAAGGGGGUUAAUCAGCAUCCAGAUUACAUGUUCUUCACUUCUCGGAAGAGCUAGGUUGCUCCUUCCCGCAUCACAUCUGACACUGUACUGAUUUCUGGAAAACAAAAGGCAUCAUGUUUGUUUAGCAGAGAUUUUCCACUGUAACUGUAGUUGAUUUCCCUAUAACAUGCAGUUUAGCAUAGAUUUUCCACUGUAAAAUUAGAAAUCACUCUCCAUUUCGAGUGGCUUUACAUUCCAAAACUUUUUCCUGAUUGAAUAAUACCUGCUGUAUAUUGCAUCUCCA